AUGUCGCACUCCUCAUCGAAAGUUCACGGCGGCACCGUACCUCUUGCAGCUCUUACCACGGUAUUCACACCACCUUGCCCGACCAGCUGGAUUAUCACGAGUUCGAAGCAGGCGUCACAAUACCCCGCAUUUCCGACUGAUGGGCCCGCCUCUUGCGAUCCACCAGAUUGGGAUCGCAAUAUUGCCGAUAAGGCCUUCCAGUACUACUCACCAGCGAUAUGUCCGAGUGGGUUCACCGUCGGAUGCUUCGUGACCGAUGCGCGGACGACCGAGGGCUUUCCCGCCAUUGAAGCCGGCGAGACGGCGGCAUACUAUACGACCGACUUUCGGGGCGGCAUCUGGGGCUUUGUGCCCACCGCGUCGGACGGACCACCCUUCACUGCCGGGCCAGCAUUGCAGAUCCGAUGGGUCGACUCUGAUCUCAGCUUGCUCGAGACGCAUCCGUUGACUCCUGGCCUGCUCUUAGCGGGAGCAACUCGCCUAGUGGCCGCGGCAACAGCGGCGACGACAACAACACCGGCAGCCAUCCUCCCUCCUUCCCCCGUUACAUCCCCGACCUCGAUCGCUGGUUUCUCAACAGUCCCAACCCGUCCAUCCACUGCGGCGGGAAGCAGUACGCUGCCGACAGACACGCCGGACGAACUGACAUCUGACCAGCCCCCGAUUUUCCCCUCUCCAAGCUCAUCUUCCACACAGACAAAUCCCUCGGAUCCCGCCACAACCUCGCCUGUCUCCAAGGGCACCACCGCGUUUCUGUCCAACAACAAAGCCGGCAUCGCAGUCACCGUCCUCCUCAGCGUCUUGAUCACGAUCAUCCUCGUCAUGAUUGCCUUCACGCUGAUCCGCCGCCGACGCAACGGCGAACAGCUGAACACGUCCCUCACAGACUGGCUAUGCUCCCUUUCAAGAACAAAACGCCAGCCAAGAAGCCCACCCAAACCGCCCAAAGAGAACAACGACAGCAUCGCAGACGUCGAGCUCGGGCCCCGCGGUACGCCCACCCAUCCCGCAGAGCUCGACGGCGGCGGCGCGGCCGCGGCCGGGGUCGGUGCCUGGCGCCUGCACGUGGCUCGGCUCCUCAGCACGAGGUCGUGGAGGACCGCCAGCCGGGCCUCGCACCUGACGUCGGGCGCGGCGUCCGAGUGGACGACGUCGUCGUCGUCGGAGUGGGAGAGCGUCGCCGCCAAGGGGCGGGAUCCCGACGGGCUGGGUGUGCCGCGCGGGCGGGCGCCUACGGUUAGGACUGUGUCGAGCGGGAGGGGGGCGAGGGUGUCGCGGGAUACGCUGGGUUUGCCUCUGUUGUCACCGAAGAGAGGAGAGAACAGAUAA